GGCCUUGAGACUCCACACUUCAUGCGUCUAUAAAAAGAGCUUUCCUCCUCUAAGGGAGCAACAGCAGACCUUCUCCUACUGAGCAUUUCAUCACAGAGCAGAGAGAAGCAGAAGAGGAGGAGAGAGAGCGCAGUUAAGAGUCGCCACUCUGGAAGAUCUGUGGACAAACGGAGAAAAACAAGAAGAGAGGAAAAGAACGCUUUUAGAAAAGGCUGAACAUGGUGUGUCUAUGUUGGCUGUUCGUGGUGGUGAUGGCGUACGUGUGCGUCCCCGGGUUUGGGUUGAAGUGCUGGGACACCUCCAUCUGCAACGACCUGAGCAACAAGGGAAGGAUACUGGACUGCAUUCACUUCUGCAUGUCUGUAAUCCAGACUGAAUUUCCACUCAGUGCAUUGACGAUGAAGGUCAAUGGGGACGAUGACCUCUUUCUCAACAUCAUUCUGGCCACAUUGGUGUCUGAAAACAAGAUAUCAGAUUCAAAUCUGAAAGCCCACAUCGACGAGCGACGCUCCUAUUCAAUGGAGCACUUCCGCUGGGGCAAACCCACCGGCCGUAAACGCCGGCCCGUAAAGGUUUUUGCCUCUUCUCUGGAGGGAGGGGGCUCUUCUGAGGGCAGUUUCCCCCGUCAGGUUCGCAGGCAGCUGAGCAGCAACGAGGAUGAAGUGAAUGGAGGAAGUCAGAACCAGGGAUUGCCGAGGGCGAGAGUCAGCUCUAACUCACAUGUCCCGUUGAGCCUGCAGGAGAGAAAAGAUGGCACCUAUCGGAUGAGUCACUUCAGAUGGGGGAGUCCAACUGCGUCCAAACGUAACGGGAGCUACAAGAACAAGUGGGGGGGGAAACCUCAGGGGCAGCUGAGCAACCUCUUCAGGAACAUUAUAGUCAAGGAUGUGCAGAGGAUAAUGGGCUGAAUGGAGGAUGGAGGAGAGAGGGGGAAGGCCGGGUAGUUGAAAGAAUCUAAUAGCCAUUGCAUGUUAGUACCCACAGGUCUUUAUUUUAAAUUACAGGAAUGUGUCAUUAUCAUUAGCAUGUUGUUGAAUGUAUUUUCUGGGCCAAAGCUUUGUUUCAUUAAAACCUUAACUAAAGAUAAGAAACAAGGCAUUGUUUGUUGUUGAAUAAAAACAAUAAUGCACCUACAGCCUGCCUUGACCUUCUUGGUUUGAUUUGAGAGUGGGGGUUUUUCUUUUUCUUGUGGGAAAUGUUAUCAUUGAUCGAACAGAGAAUGCCAUUCCAAAGCAAGAUGUGGGUGUGAAUUAAAGUAUUUCAAAAAAUAUAUCCAGUUUAUUUACAGAGUGGUAUCUUUUUGUAUAUUAUUAGAAUAUUAAAGAUCAUAUGGC